AUGUUUGACUCUUCUCACUGCAGUCGCCUUUUCAUGACUUCUCUUUGUUCUUCUUUGUUGUUGAACGAUUGUCCUGGGUCCAAGCGUCUUCUCUUUACAGUAUUCGUUGAAUCUCCAAGUCUGCUCAGGCAGUACGCGAAAAUUAUCGCUAACUCUUACCUCUUCCAAUCUCCUGUUCAUCAGGUUUCUUUGAAGGUGGAUUUCCACAGCCUCCCUGAUCUUCCAGUCAAUUAUGUUCAGUUAUUUCCGAUCAUUCCCUAUCCAUUCUUCUGCAUAGUCUCUAGUGCUCUUUCAUCCUUGUGCUGA